GGUAGAAUCGCCGGACGACCCUACCUGGUAUAUAGGGCCUUGGUCUUUUCCAGCAUUUCACCAGAAGAGUAUUGAGUUCUUCACUGGUGGCACUUGCCAUAACUUCAGGAGAUGGAGCUGGCGUACUGGAAUAUUCGUGGGCUCGCCCAGCCAAUUCGCCUUUUGUUGGAGUACACAGGGGAGAAAUAUGAAGACAAGAAGUUUGAGUGCGGCCCUGCCCCAGACUAUGACAAGUCAUGCUGGUUUGAUAUCAAAGAAAAACUGAAGCUGGACUUCCCCAAUCUGCCCUACCUGAUGGACGGCGACGUGGGCGUCACCCAGAGCAAUGCCAUCAUGCGCUACAUCGGCCGCAAGCACGACCUGCUCGGCAAGACGGAGCAGGAGCGUGUCCGUGUCGACAUCAUGGAGAACCAGGCGAUGGACUUCCGCAACGGCUGGGUGCGCCUCUGCUACAACCCCAACUUUGACGACAUGAAGGAAGGCUACCUGAAGUCGGUCAAGGACGUGAUCGCCAAGUUCUCCAAGUUCCUCGGAGACAGACAGUGGUUCGCCGGAGAGAACCUGACGGUGGUCGAUUUCGUCAUGUACGAGCUGCUGGACCAGCACAAACUGCUGGACGCCACGCUGGUUGAGGCGCACGACAACCUCACCAAGUUCAUGAAGCGUUUCGAGGAGCUGGAGCCCAUCAAAGCCUACAUGGCCAGCGACCGGUUCAUGAAGGGACCGCUCAACAACAAAAUGGCCAAGUUCGGCGCCGAGUGACGGCGAUCAGUCUGGGCUGUGGGAUCGGCUAUCGGCGCGCGGGCUCAACUGACGGCACACUGGCCACCGGACGCCUGUGCUGGCGGUCAGUGCUCAACUCUCAGUCAUGUGACAGUCAUGUGGAAUUCAGACGUGAGGAAGCUGUGGCUAUUGUGUGUCGCACCUAGUUAGUGGGGAAACAUAGAUCUGCCGUUUGUCUCGAGACGAAUAAUCGUCGCUAGUGCCAAGAAUGCUACACUCUUUGUGUAUGCAGUUUGUUUCGAACCGUUUUAGCUGUGAUUUACUCCUUUGGCAAAUAUAUUUUUGUUUAUUUCGUUA